AUGUUAACUGAUGCAUAUUUGAAUAUUGCUGUCAUCAUGGAUUUACUCUCAGAAAGUGGUCAAAUUAUUUUUUGGAAUGGAUUAAGCAUGGUAUUACUGUUUUUCAAAUUUUGUUGUACAUCAGCAACAUUAACUGCAGUGGACUGUAUGCACCGUUAUAAUAUAUCAGAUUUAUCAUCGGAUGAUUUUUCGUAUAAAUUGGAAGAUUGCAUUUAUUAUUUAUUGGCUAGUCGUGCAAGAGCAAGAUAUGGAGAUAGCCGCUUAUUGUACAUGAAAGAACCCACGCAAAAAGAUGACAUAUUUACGAUUAUAAUCAGUCAUGUAGCUGUAAGACGUGUCGAAUUGGCUCAAAAGCUCUCAUCCCAAUUUACUAUUUAUGGUGAUUUGUACGUGUCAUGGGAAGACGAACGUUUGGAAUGGGAUGAAAAAGAAUGGCAGUUGGAUGAGUAUACAUUACAUGACACUCAUCAUAUAUGGAAGCCUAAAAUUAACGAUGAGUAUUAUUUAAGGCAGUGUAGCACAGUUCAAGGUUGUUACACAACAAUACAAGAAAUUGAUAUAUUCUCGAGCGGGAAGGUCGUAGCACUCUAUUCGUUUCGCUAUCCUGCCUUUUGUAAUGUUAACUACUACAGAUAUCCGGAAGAAGAAAAUGAUUGCUGCUUGUUCUUUUCAAUUGAUGGUUUUAAUUUCAAUCGAAGAGUGCAUUUCGAAGUGAAAACUGAUAGCAAGACAACUGUAUCGCAAAUUGUUAAAAUGGAAAGGAUACCGAACGGAUUGAUAAAUCCCACUGAUGAGCACUCUGCAUGGAUGCUAGAGCAUCGUACUGUAGCAAUAGCUAAAAUAAGUCAUUCAAAUUUCGAACUUCUUCACGUUUGUAUUCAUGCUCGAAAGCAAAUGUCAACUCUGCGCAUUGCUCUGCGUCUUCCAGUGUCCAUUACAACGAUGCUUAUGCUUGCUUCACCUCUCUUCGGACAUCUGACCACUCAGAUUUACAUCAAACUAUUCGCUUUUUUACUGCAAACUAUAUCUUUCAUUUUUCUUUGCUCCAUCGCACCAGAAAAUGACACAUUCUUUGAAAUGGUUAUUGUUUUGACAUUAAUCAGUACAAUGAUCAACAUGAUUGCAAUAGCGCUGAGUAGGGUCAAGCGUACUAUCCCUCCACGACAUAACAUUUAUCUGGCAUCUAAAGUAAUCAAUCGUCUUGUUUGCUGCAUCGAACCAGAUCCAACCGCGAGCUAUUUCCGACAUUUGAAUGAUCAUUCCCAAACAAAUUUUGAAAAUGCUCAAUCAGAUUAUACCAUCGAAUGGCGGCAUAUUUAUAUUGCUUUUAAUAAUCUUUUCUCAGCACUUGCCUUGAUUUUUUUCAUUAUUAUUGCUGUUUUUGAAAUUUUGUGA